AGUUUACCUUGAACGCUGAUUCGAACGCGGUGCGUUUGUAAGGAAGUAGUAAGAGUUGACGGUUACCUGUUAGUUUGGCGUGUAACGGCGUAUGUGUUGUCAUCCGAUUUUGGCGGUUUGUUUUUGAAUAUUUUGGUGUUUAAAAGUGUCCAAAAAGGAUUUAUUGCCAUCAAACACGAUUCUAAUAUUAAAUCCAAAUCGCUAAAACCAAUAAAAAAACUGUAGUAAAAACAAUUUGAAACUGAUGUCACCUAUCAAACAAGAAUUAAAUUUCUGCACGUGUUAAAAACUACAAAAUCAUCAGUGCAAUAGUAAUGAAAUUCUUGUAUACAAUCGUAGUACAUUAGGCAACACAGUUUGCAUGCGUGAGUUCGAGUCGCGGAGCGCUAACGACAUCGGUCGCGAUGAAAUGGUGUCGGUAUCGCCCUCUCGCGUCGGGAUGACCGAUUGGGAGGGAAUGUGGAUUAGAUCUCUAGCUAAACCACCGACAUGCAGAUCUCUACAAGAUCUACAAGUUAUUUAUUACGGACUUAGCGGCUUGGAGGCGUUGCAAACAUUGAGAGAUUCAAGUUUGCGCGCUUUAUGUAAAAUUGUUCGUUACGAAAAACAUUUGGCCAAUGAUGUGCUCUAUUACACUGGCGAGCUAUCAACAUGCUGGUAUAUUCUGUUAUCCGGAUCGGUCUUCAUCGAUGGAUCCAUGUUUUUGCCACGAUCAAGUUUUGGCAAAAGAACUGGAGGAAGCGCUCGUCGCCAAAACGAAUGUUUCGUUUUGGAGCCAUCAGAGAUGAUCGUGAUCGAUUAUCCAGACAUAGAACCCAGAAGGAUACAGAAUUCACCGCUGAUGGAUCAUCCCCAGCAUAGAAGCAUCAACAUCAUGUUUGAAGAUGCAUAUGCUCAGAACAUUCCAAGACAAAAUUUAUACCAUAAAUGUUCAAGAGGAUCGCAUUCUUCAGAUACGAGUUCCGCAUAUAGUGGAUCAGACACCAUGGCCUCCACCCAUUCAGAACUAGAAGGAGAUGAGCUCGAUCUUACCGGGCUUGUCGAAAGCAUCGUCGAUAGCGAUGAAGAAGAUGAUUUGACAGAGAGUAUGGAUAGUUUAACAGUAAGAGAUAGAGUGAGAGACUGUCUCGAAAAGGAACCAGCAGAACGCACUGAAGAUGACAUAGAAGCAUUAUUGGAAUUUACUCAACACUUAAAAGCUUUUACAAACAUGACAUUAGCUGUGCGUAGAGCUUUGUGCGCAGUCAUGGUAUUUGCCGUUGUUGAAAAAUCAAAUACAGUAGUUAUGAACGAUGGCGAAGAACUGGAUUCUUGGUCGGUACUAGUUAACGGGUCCGUAGAAGUAGUCAUACAAGAUGGACCAAGUCAGACUCUAUACAUGGGAGAUGCAUUUGGUAUAUUACCUACUAUGGAUAAACUUUACCACAAAGGUAUAAUGAUCACUAAAUGUGACGAUUGCCAAUUUGUUUGCAUAACUCAGUCGGAUUACUACAGAAUACUCCAUCAAGGCGAAGAAAAUACUAGACGACACGAAGAAGAUGGUAAAUUAGUCAUGGUAACUGAACUUAGAGGUUCAAUGGAUCCAGGUAGUAACAGAAGAGGUCAUGUAGUCAUACGAGCUACAGCAGAACGACUUAUGCAACAAUUAAUAGAAGAAAAUUCCGUAACUGAUCCUACUUACGUCGAAGAUUUCCUAUUAACCCAUAGAGUUUUCAUCAAAAGUCCUUUAUACGUAGCUAAUCAACUUCUGGAUUGGUUCAAAGAUCCCGAUGUUCGCGAUCGUGUAACAAGAGUGGUACUACUUUGGGUUAAUAAUCAUUUUACGGACUUCGAAACGGAUCCUGACAUGAUAGAAUUUUUGGAAACGUUUGAACAAGGCCUCGAAACAGAAAAGAUGUCUGGUCAACUAAGGCUUCUUAACAUUGCCUGUGCAGCUAAAGCGCGAAUUCGAAACGUCGUCCUAGCUAGACCGAAUCGAGAUGAACCUUUAAGCUUCCAAAUCCUCGGAGGAUUCGAAAGAAACUUUGGAAUAUUCAUUUCGAAAGUUGACAAAAAAUCUAAAGCUGAAGAUGUCGGACUGAAACGUGGAGAUCAAAUUUUAGAAGUUAAUAAUCACAGUUUCGAACAUAUGUCAUUAUCGAGAGCUUUAGAAAUUUUAAAAGGAACCACUCAUUUGAGUAUUACUGUGAAAUCGAAUCUUUUGAACUUCAAAGAAAUGCUGAACAUACCUGAUAACUCGCCAAGACCUCGUGGCAGAAAAGUUUCAGAAAUUACUAAACUUCCUCCUGAUCCUAGAGCGAGAUUGUCCAGUGUCGACGGAAAUAUAAUACUGAGUCAUGAUACCCCUGCUUCACAACCAGUGACAAUAAACAGUCCAGCUAAAGGAGGGAAAAAGCAGAGUUUUAUGACGUUGGGAAGACUGCAGAAGGCAUUGAUGAAAAUGAGUAUUUUCCCCAAAAAUAUGAUCAAUGUUGGUUUGGGACAGGACGAAGUUGAUAGUUUUAACCCCCCAUCUACUUUAGGAUCAAAUCUGUACCAGUCUCAAAGCAACCCCGAUCUGAUGUCAAUAUGUUACGAUGAUUUGAGAUGCACAGAUUACCCAGAGCAUGUUUUGAAGGUUUAUAAGCCAGAUCAAAGCUACAAAUACCUCUUGGUGCACAAAGAAACGACAGCUCACGAAGUAGUCAUGUUGGCUCUUCAAGAAUUCGGCAUGACGGAUCCUAGCAGUAAUUUCAGUUUGUGCGAAGUAUCAGUAACGGACAACCAAACUAUCAAACAAAAACGACUACAAGACGACCUACAAAAUCUAGCUGAAAGGAUAGGUUUAAGUAGCAGAUAUUAUCUUAAAACGAACGGCGUUACUGAAACAUUGGUACCUGAUGAAUUAGCGCCAGAGUUAGUACGAGAAAGCGCUGUACAUUUCUUGCAAUUGAACGCAGUGGAAGUGGCAAUACAAUUAACUUUGUUAGAUUUUAGUAUUUUUAGACAAAUUGAACCGACGGAAUAUAUUGAUGAUCUCUUCGAAUUAAAAUCAAAAUACGGAACGCCCAUGUUGGAACAGUUCGCGUCUUUGGUAAACAAGGAAACGUUCUGGGUGGUAUCAGAAGUCUGUUCGGAACACAAUCCAGUAAGAAGAAUGAAGAUAAUUAAACAAUUUAUCAAAGUAGCGAGGCAAUGUAAAGAAUGCAAAAACUUCAACUCUAUGUUCGCCAUAAUAAGCGGUUUGGGUCAUGGAGCAGUUUCGAGGUUGAGACAGAGUUGGGAUAAAUUACCAGGAAAAUACCAACGAGUGUUUGCUGAAUUACAACAACUCAUGGAUCCUUCAAGAAACAUGAGCAAAUAUCGACAGUUAGUAAGCGCUGAACAGACCCAACCACCAAUUAUACCUUUUUAUCCAAUAGUCAAAAAAGACUUGACAUUCAUUCACCUCGGCAACGAUUCCAAAGUCGAAGGCCUAAUUAAUUUCGAAAAAUUGAGAAUGAUAGCUAAGGAAGUUAGAUCGUUGAGUAAUAUGUGUAGUAGUCCGUACGAUUUACUCACUAUGCUAAAAUUGGGCGGUCAACCUGCCAGUAAUGCAAUGGUAGCCCUUAACCAGUUGACUACUGCAUCAACUCAUUAUCACACCCAAGGUCAAGCAACUGUAAAGAGACGGAAGAAGUCAACAGCAGCUCCCAAUCCAAAGAAAAUGUUUGAAGAAUCUCAAAUGGUACGCAGAGUUAAGGCCUAUUUAAAUAACCUCCAAGUAGAGACCGAUGAAACGAAGCUACAUGAAAUGUCUUUGGAAUGUGAAGGACCGGUUACUGGAAGUUCUUCUGCACCCGGAAUCCAGAGAACUAAAAGACAUUCUUCUCCAGCUCCUAGUACAACAAGCAGUACGAGCAGUGCUAGCGAUGAGCGAAAACCGACUGCCAAAUUCGGUUCGGCUUCACCUCAAGCAGUACGGAAAUUAUUGGCAUUAUCGGAACCAAAUAAAACAAGGCCCCAUCAGCCGCGUCUUCCUUCUCAUGGUCUCAGUCAACCUAGUCCUGCUGUAAGGAGAGCACCAAGUGCUACAGGGAGUUAUUCAAGUUACGGAUCCCACAGCUCAAAUAGCUCGGGAAAUGGAGGUAGAGCAAUGCACGAAAGAUCUCAUUCCGAUACACCUACACCUCUUCCUUCAGUUGCUCUGUCCGCCGAAAGCAGCAGUGUUACCUCACUUAGUAACUUACCUUUGAGAAAAACCGUUACUUCUGGUUCGGUUUCAUCUUCGGACUCUGGUCAUAGCACGAUCAGCCAAGUAACAAGCAGUUCCAAUGAUUGUCAUUCCUACCAACAACGUUGUUCGAGUCCACCCAGGCAUCCACCUCCUAUCCCAGGCUGGUUUCCCAAUCGUCCUGGUGCUAUACCUCCUUGUGCUCUAGCUGUGGCCGUUUUACCUCCUUUACCUAUAGCUUUUCGUAAUUCCAUCGGCCCUGGCAGAAGACAACCUCCCGCUUACAGUGUUGCCGCGCAAAUGGCGAGGUUGCAUAGAUUAGGUAGAGCGCAUUCCCACGAGGGCGUAACACAAGGUUACCACUAUCACACAGAUCCAGAUACGGAUCAGGAUGAUGAAGAGACCCAAGUCUCGGCGGUGUGAACAUUUUACCUUUACCAGUGAUUUCAAAAAAAUGAUUGAGAAAAUAAAAUAUUUAUCGGUGUUUCUGCAUUGCAUAUCAAUACAAAAUCAAUACUCAUUGAUCUGUGUCCGUUUAUUGUAUGUGUGUGAAAAAAGUUUCAGGGUACUGGGGCAAAAACGCGUGUCUCGUUAGAUAUUUAUCACAGUUUUAGUUUAGUAUACUAGCGAUUCUAGUAAAUUUAUUGAACUUGACUUAAGCUAUAGUUACAAGAAAUCAAAAGUAUUGUUAAUAACCAUGGAACAAUGAGUUUCAUAAUACAUUUUUAUUUAAUCAUGAUUCCAACGUUUUCUUCAUUUUUCCAUGAGUAAGUUUUUGUGGAUUGUAGAUACGGUUCUUGUCCCUGUGAAAAGUACCUGAUUAUUAUUUAGAUUCAAUACAUAAGGUUUAUAAAUUUUAGAUUAUUUUAUUUAUAUUAGUAAACAUAUUUGAUUAAUAUAAUGUACAUAUAAAUGACAAUAUGAUUUUUCUGUUUGUUUUAAUUCAUCUGAUAUCUUAUUAUUUCAAGUGUAUUAUAUAAGUAGGUGUCAAUUUAAGUAAUGUGUCAAGUUUCUUUUAAAAAAUAUCUGUAUAUGUAGAAAUAUCAUUGAUUCAAAUAUAAUGAAACCUCAUUAACUAGAAAAUAUAAUUAUUAUAAUUUCUGUUAUAUAUAUUGUUAUUAUUAAAAUUAUAACCAACUAUAGAUACACCUCAUGUUUUUAAACCACAACUUCUUUACUUGCAAAACGAAUGUUGAAUUAAAUUUUCCUCAAAAAUAUUGAUCAAAUUUAGAGUCGAUAUAAACCACAGUCAUAAGCUUUGAAAGAAAUUAGUCAGUAUUUGUUAAUGCAUACAAAAUAGCAGAAUUUGAGAGGUGAUAAGAUUAUUUAUCUAGAUCUAUAAAUAUAUUUACUUAUAUGACACUAAAACCAAGUUCAUUGUGCCUCACAUCUACAGAGUAUCUUCCAGUAUAUGUACCAGCUUCAAGAUUGUAGAUCUUCGCUCCUACAGGUUUCUUGUCCAAAGUAUGUUUUGUAUAUACUAAAAAAGAAGGAGAAUUCUAAAUCCAGGAGAACUGUACUUUCAUUUUUCUUCUCAUAAAAUAUGCACUCAUCGGUUUUUUUUACACCACCGAAAGGCUAUGUGCCAAUAAAAUCCGUUAUGGCUAGUUUUCUUGAAAUUGUAUUGGCAUUUUCAUUUCCUUUGUUUCCUGAGUGACAGGAACCAAGACUAAAGAGAGAAUUAUUUUUGCCUGUUAGUUCAAGUUUUCUUCAGCACUCCCAUGUCAUUAUAUGAUAUGGAGGCUCGGUGCUGAUUGACUAUUAAAACGAAUUCCUUUGACAUAUUCUAUUUUUCUCCAGUCAGUCACAUAUCCACGUAACCUUUUGCAUUGAUGCUUAGUGAUUUAAUAUCCGUUUAUUAAAUAGAGCACAGCGCUUGUUGGUCAAACUUUUGCAAAUACUUUAGUUGAAAAAACAGCAAAUUUAUUUGAGACUAAUCUUCACAUAUUUAUCUAGCAGACAUUUUAGACAGCAUUAGUAUGAAAGAGUAAUUUUUUUUAUUUCAGUUGAAAUUAACCACUGCUGGUCAGUCUUAAUUUUUUUGGAACUCUAAUUUUGAACAAAAUUUACUUUCAUUAAGUUUUUAUUGGCAUUAAGUUGUUACUUGUAUAUACACUCUUAAAGAAAAUGAAAAUAUUCUUUGUUUACCAAUGAGCUGUUUAUCGAAUAAAUAGCACUGUUUGGUUCUAGCUUGUUACAUGCCAAGCCUGGUUUGGAAUUGGGAUUGAAGCAAGCAAGCUGAAACUGGAUUGAUGCCAAACUAAACAUUCAAUGUGGUUCUUUGUUUAUUGUUUGAAUUACGUUUUCUCUACAUCUAAAAUUUUCGUAUCUGCUAUCUCCAUUUAAUAAUUUAUUAAAAGUAGUUCAUUACAGUAACAUAAUGUAAGCUCCGGAAUGUUACCACUAUAUCUCAUUUAGAACUCUCUAAUUUCUUAAUAGGAUAGUGAUCUUCUUCUUUAAUUUGUCAUCGGUAAGAUCUAGUUCAUACUUUUGAAACGCACUGAGUAUUUUUAGCAAAUAAAUACUUUUUUUAAAAUUUUUAUUCAUAUAAUUUUACUUGAUACAAAUCUGGAUAAUAUUAAAAGCAUCACAAAGUCUUUGGGGGUCUUAUGGGGCUUAAUUAUGUAACUAUUAUCGUAGCCGUCUAACCAAGUGACCGAAAGAUUGUCAAUUGAUUAGAUGAUAAAUUGCGAGCGUUAUCAGACCCCUCAAUUUUUCAUUUAAAUAUUUUUCAUUGCUGUCUUGAAAAUCUACACAUUGAAAAGACUAAAAUAAUAUUGAUUUUUCAAUUUAUGGCUCCUAUCCAAAUUAUUGGCACAUUUUCAGAAUCUUUAUUUUAAAUUGACACCAACUGUACCAUUUUUAAAUCUUAAUGCAUUCCAUAUCUUGUAAAUACCCUAUUUAAAUAUUAUUUGAUAAUAAAAUAGGAUUUAGAUGUAUAUUAUUGACAAAUUAUCGAAAUUUAAAUGUUUAAACGCAUUUUAAAAAUAAAAAAUUGUUGCUAGUUGGGCUGGUAUACGUCAGUACUUUAAAAUAUUUUUACCUUUCUGAAAUCUAGUUCCUUGUUUUUUCCUAAUGGAACAGGACAAGUCAAUACUUUGGCAAGCUCGAUACAUUUAUCUUAUGGUUAAUAAGGCAUUGAAUAAAUGCAAACUAUGUUUCCAAGCAUGUAAUAACAAGUUUUUGACAUCAAUUAUUUAUAACCUGACUCCAACGGAUGUGCACGAUAGCCCUGAAUCAACUCUAUUAAGUUUUAGCCUAGUAGUUGCAAAAACUGUGAUUUUGUAAUUUUUUUUAUGAUCACUGACAUUGGAAUCGCAAAUUAUAAAAAAAUAAUUUGGAUACUUAACAUUUUUGCGACAUAUUUUCCUUCCCACCUUUUUUUAUAAAAUAAAUUUCGAAUAUUUGAUUUAGUAUACAUCGUAAACUCUAUAUUAGACUAACUACUAGAAUUUUUUUUCUGCUUGAUAAUUUUAAACUAUUGAAAAGUGUUUUUCAUAUGGAACUUUUAGUCCUUUGUAACUUAACUAGUAUUGUAUUCCCUUUUAUAAUGAUAAUAAGAAGUUUCAUGCAGAUGCACAAUUAUAUUUAGAUGAUAUAAAGAAAAAAAUAUCUAGAAACAUUUUUAUAUUGGACUAUAUACUAGACUGAAUUUAACAGUGUUUUUUAAAAGUAAUUGUGAUUUUGUAAAACACAUAUGUUGAAAGACAGAGAUAAUCAUUAUUGUUUACUAUAUAUUUUCAUUUACUUAUGUUUUCCAUUAAUUUUCCUUUCUAGAGCAUGCCGGAAAAUAUAAUGCAGUUUUAUCCUAUUCUAUAAUUACAAACUGUUGAAGUUACAAUCAUUUUACUUGCCAUAUGCUGGGUUUAAUUGCAAGUGUAUUAAUUAAUAUGAGCGCAUGAAAAUAAUCAUUAAUAGACUUAAUUCACCUGUCCAAAUAAUCAAAGGUACUGUAGUCGACCCGAAUUCCCUCAUCUUAGCCACUUAUCCAAGGAUUGACUUUUGGGACGAACCAUAUUGUACUAUGUUAUCAUAUUGAAUUUUCAGAAUUCAUGAAAAACUAUAUUUUUUUAACUCAUGAGAGCAAAUAAAUUUUUUUCUUUCGCUUUUUGUCAACUUUCACUAGUUUUUUUACCAACAUGUUACUAAACUAAUAAAAAAAGUACAUUUUUUCUAUAUAGAAGUUCAUUAAAAAAAAACUCGUGUUGCCAAAUGACGAAGUUUGGCAAAAAAUAAUUACAGAGUUCCAAAAAUUUUAGUAAAAAUAAAAAAAAUUAGAUUUCCGUAUGAAAAAUAGGAUUGCAUUGUAAACAAAGUCCUACAUUACACUUUUUACAUAUUGUCCUCAUUAUAGAGCAGCAUCCUUCACUGCUUUUUUUUUAUCUGACACACUUAUCAGAAUGUGGUCGAGUCUAUCGUAUCUGAUGUCAUCGCUUACCCUGUAAAGUGAAGUACUAGGUCUUCCGGAAGAUUUAGGGGAAGUUCCAUACCUGGUUAAAUAUACUUGAACCAAUCCCAGUUGAGUCAUUGUUCUUCAACUCUUUCUGUAAGUUAGCAGGCAUUUGUAAAGGGAACAUCGAUUAACCACCACCAUUUUUUUGAACGAAUAUAUGUCGAUUGAUAUUCCCGUCCAUUAAAUCGGUACCCCACAUACCGUCUAUCGAUAUGUAUGAUUUUUUUCCAGCUUUUGGGUAUUGUUUUAUAAUCGAGGAGUGAUGAUAGGUAUCAAAACAGGUUCUCGAUAUUGUAACUACGUUGAUGUCUAGCCCUUCAUCUUUUUGUUGGGCAACGGACAUUUCUUUGGGAUCUUAUUAUCGCGGAUAGUACCUGUACCCGUAAAACCAUUCUUCCUAAGGUAGACUAACAGAUUGAAGUUUGUGGCAAGCGUUUCUCGUUUGCUAUUUCUGCUAACAUUAAAACAAUUUUGAAGAAACUGGUCAUCUUCAGAACUGCAAUUUUUAUUUUUACCCUAGUUUUGCUCGGGGACAAAGUGAUGGAAUUUGGGGGAGGGGGGGUGUGCUGGUGUUCGGGUCACAGUAUAUGAACAAAAGAAAUUUUUAUUUUUAUUACAUACUAUAUCCUCACAUUUUUUCAUUCUU